CUGGGUCCUAUGGUAGCCGAGAGAGUGGAAUCACGGAGCUGUGGGUUCGAGUAGUGCAGCGCGAAGAUGGCGGCUGGUUUGUGGAGGAACACGGUAUCCCGCGUAAUGCAAGCAGUGAAGAGUCACCACCCAGUCACCAGGACCUUAUCUGAUAUACGAACAGUAACAUUAAUCCCAGGCGAUGGCAUUGGCCCAGAGAUAUCUGAUGCUGUAGUGAAGAUCUUUGAUGCUGCUGAAGUUCCUGUUCGUUGGGAGGAGAGGACUGUGACAGCCAUUCAAGCACCAAGUGGAAAAUGGAUUAUUCCUCCGGAAGCUAAAGAAUCAAUGGAUGUAAACAAAAUUGGAUUGAAAGGGCCCUUGAAGACUCCAAUUGCAGCUGGGCAUCCUUCAAUGAAUUUGCUACUUCGCAAGACCUUUGAUCUUUACGCAAAUGUGCGUCCUUGUGUAUCUAUUGAAGGUUUUGAGACUCCAUAUAAUAACGUGAAUCUUGUUACAAUUAGAGAAAACACAGAAGGCGAAUAUAGUGGCAUAGAACAUGUGAUUGUCGAUGGGGUGGUCCAGAGUAUCAAGCUGAUCACAGAGGAUGCCAGCAGGCGGAUUGCGGAGUUUGCAUUUGAAUAUUCACGGAAGAAUAAGAGGAGCACAGUUACAGCUGUGCACAAAGCCAACAUCAUGCGAAUGUCGGAUGGACUAUUCCUGAGGAAAUGCAGGGAAGUAGCAGAAAACUUCAAAGAUAUCAAGUUUACUGAAAUGUACUUGGAUACAGUCUGUCUUAAUAUGGUGCAGGACCCAUCACAGUUUGAUGUCCUUGUAAUGCCAAAUCUCUAUGGUGACAUCUUAAGUGAUCUGUGCGCUGGGCUGAUUGGAGGACUGGGAGUUACACCAAGUGGAAACAUUGGAGAAAAUGGAGUUGCAAUUUUUGAGUCUGUUCAUGGUACAGCACCAGAUAUUGCUGGGUUGGAUAUGGCAAAUCCCACAGCCCUCCUAUUAAGUGCUGUGAUGAUGUUGAGACAUAUGGAACUUCAUGACUACGCUAAAAAAAUAGAAACUGCCUGUUUUGAAGCAAUUAAGGAUGGAAAGGUGCUAACCAAAGAUCUUGGUGGCAAAUCUAAAUGUUCUGAGUUCACCAAUGAAAUCUGCCGAAGAGUGAGGGAUCAGGAUUGAGUCAGCACAAUACUUACUAUUGUAUUCAAAUGUCAUUAGUUAACCUGCAAAAAUCAACUCUGCUGUACAGAAUCAGUCUGUCACAUCCAUGUGAACAAUUAUUGUGAAUUGUCAUUUAACUGUCCUAUUUUACAUUUCCUUUGGUUAAAAUUUAUAAUGUGCUUUCUUGGCAUUCCAAUUAUUUAUUGAUAUUGAGUAUUUUUGUCCUGACCCAGAGUAUUAUCAUUUUUUAUAUAGAAAGCUGCUAUAAAGAUUGUGCAUGAUAUUUCAUUAUUUACUUCCAUUCCACUUAAUUAAAGCAGUUUCAAAAUGGUUUCUUGUAUUUUGUUAUCUCCCGAGUGGUGCUUUAAAUAUAAAGACCUAAAGCUGCGUCCAUCCUGCUAUUGAACAUGGAAUUUCGGUGCCUAUCCAUUCCCUUGAUCUUUGCAGUACCUUUUUAUUUACAUGUUGCUGAAAACUGGCCUAUUCCUCCAGGCUGAAUAAUCAUGUCUUUGCUAAUUUCCCUCAUAUGCAGGCUGCAAAAUUACUUUUUUUUUAAGGUGCAAAGGCACUGAUAGUUAUUUUAUAAGAACUUUUAAAUACUUUUCAAUUUACUAAAACUUGUACAACUAAAACUAGUAAAUGGUACAGUAAAGUUUAAUCAUUUUUUUAAAUCACGUUGCUUACUGGUGGACUAGAAGCUCUAAAUAAAAGUGCUGUUUGUGAUUA